AUGGCGGACCACGCUGGUGCAUGGCACCAGCUGUCUGCCCGAGACAGCAGCGAUGACCCGGCGGCAACAUCCAGCUCGGCGUCCGCGUUUCUGACUACCUUGAUCCCGGCCCUGAUUUCCUUUGCAGUCAUGGUCGUCCUCUUCAUCAUCCUGCGCCGUAGCAACCGCAGAAUGUAUAUGCCUCGUACCUAUAUCGGAAGCUUGAAAUCCUGGCAGCGCACCCCGGACACCCCCACCGGUUUGUGGAACUGGAUUACCGCUAUGUACAAGCUGCCCGACACCUACGUCCUGCAACACCACUCGAUGGACGCGUAUCUGCUGUUGCGCUUCUUGAAGCUGAUCUCGGUCCUGAUGCUUGUUGGCUGUAUUGUCACUUGGCCCAUCCUUUUCCCCGUCAAUGCGACUGGCGGCGGGACUGGUCAGCAAUUGAACUUGCUCACCAUCUCCAAUGUACAGGAGAGUCAGUAUGGCCGUUACUAUGCCCACUGCUUCCUCGCGUGGAUCUUUGUUGGUAUUGUGUUCUUCACCAUCACCCGUGAGCACCUGUUCUACAUCAACCUGCGCCAGGCGUAUCUCUUCUCGCCCGCGUAUGCUAGCCGCAUCUCGUCGCGAACUGUUCUCUUCACCGCCGUCACUCAGGACUAUCUGAGCAAGGAGAAGAUCCUCUCCAUGUUUGGUCGCGAGAAGGUGAAGAAUGUCUGGCUUGCCACUGACACCGCCGAGCUUGAGGACAAGGUUAAGGAGCGUGAUGCUGCUGCCAUGAAGCUCGAGGCUGCCGAGACCAAGCUUAUUGUGAACGCCAACAAGGCUCGCAACAAGCAGUUGAAGAAGGAGGGUGCUCUGGAGAACGGUAGCACUGAUGAGGAAGGUGCCGGCCAAUUCGAUGACGAGUCUGGCUCUGUGGCUGCUCGCUGGGUCCAGGCCAAGGACCGCCCUACUCACCGUCUGAAGUUCCUGAUUGGCAAGAAGGUCGACACUAUCAACUGGGCUCGCUCCGAGAUCGAGCGCCUCAGCCCCGAGAUUGAGGAGCUGCAGGCCAAGCACCGUGCUCACGACGUCAAGCUUGUUUCCUCCGUCUUCGUCGAGUUCUUCCAGCAGUCUGAUGCUCAGGCUGCGUUCCAGUCCGUUGCUCACAACCUGCCCCUCCACAUGUCUCCUCGCUACAUCGGUCUUGACCCUACCCAAGUUAUCUGGGCUAACCUACGCAUCAAGUGGUGGGAGCGCGUAAUCCGCCACAGUGCCACUCUCGCCUUUGUCGUUGCCAUGAUUAUCUUCUGGGGUAUCCCCACCGCUGCCGUGGGUGCUAUUUCCAACAUCGAUGCCCUGACCGAUAAGGUGCACUUCCUCCGCUUCAUCCUGGACGUCCCUAGCUGGAUCCGUGGUGUCAUUACCGGCCUUCUGCCCGUUGUCUUGAUGUCUGUUCUGAUGGCGCUGGUGCCUAUUGUUCUCCGCCUGAUGGCAAAGUGGGGAGGUGACCCCAGUCUCGCCGCCGUUGAGAUGACCGUCCAGAACUGGUACUUUGCUUUCCAGAUCGUGGAGGUCUUCCUGGUCGUCACGCUUGCCUCGGCUGCUACCAGCGUCGUCACCUCCAUCAUUAACAAUCCUCAGUCUGCCGCUAGCCUGCUGGCCGCAAAGAUCCCCAACGCCUCGAACUUCUAUGUCUCCUACAUCGUUCUUCAGGGUCUAUCCUUCAGUGCUGGUGCCUUGCUCCAAAUUGUCGGUCUGAUCCUGGGUAAGAUCCUGGGCAAGUUCCUCGACAGCACACCCCGCAAGAUGUUCAACCGCUGGUCCAGCCUGGCCGGUCUUGGCUGGGGUACCGUCUACCCUGCCUUCACUCUCUUGGCCGUUAUCGGUAUCAUCUAUUCUUGCAUUGCUCCUCUGGUUAUGGGCUUUGCCACCGUUGGUCUGUAUCUCUUCUACUUCGCUUACCGGUACAACCUGCUGUACGUCUCGAACGCCACCAUCGACUGCCAGGGUCGCGGCUACACUCGCGCUUUGCAACACCUGACUGUCGGCUGCUACCUGCUCAUUGUCUGCCUGAUCGGUCUGUUCGCGAUGGGCACUGGUGCCAACCGCAUGGCUCUGGGCCCUCUCAUCCUCAUGAUCAUCUUCCUGGUCUUCACCGUCCUCUAUCACAUCUCGAUGAACAGCGCCAUGGAGCCGCUGCUUAACUACCUGCCCAAGAACCUGGAGCACGAGGAGGAAGCUCUUCUCGCCAAGGACCGCAAGCACCUCGGCCACGAUGAGUCUUCCGACGGCCUGGCCGGCGCCUCCGUCCCCAAGGCCAAGAACAACGGCGUGUCCAAUGUGGACUCUGGUGUCGGUGCCGUUGACCCUGCAGAUGCCGAGAAAGGCCUCGCCGACGGUCCCCUGCCCGCUGGACAGGAGAAGCCACCCAACUUCAUCAUCAAGUGGCUGCGUCCGGACAAGUACCACAACUAUGAGACCCUCCGCCGCCUGGUUCCCAGUCCACUGGAAGCCACCACCUAUGCCCCCGAGGUCGAGCGCGAUGCCUACUGCCACCCUGCCGUCAAUUCUCAGGUCCCGCUUCUUUGGAUUCCCCGCGACCCUGCUGGCGUCAGCCGACAGGAGGUUGCGCACACAUCUCGUGUCAUCCCUAUCACCAACGAGGAUGCCUGGCUCGACGAGAAGGCCAAGAUCUCUUGGAACGUCGAGAAGGGCCAGCCGCCCAUCUACGAGGAAAAGCCCUCCUACUAA